AUGGAGCCCAUUGCAAUAAUUGGGCUGGCGCAUCGUUUCCCAGGAGGCGCCAACACUCCAGCCAAGCUCUGGGAGGUACUCAACAGCAGACGAGAUCUAUCCAGGGAGCCUGACCAAGAUCGUCUAAAUCUUCAAAAGUUCUACAAUACCAACGGUGAGCAUCAUGGCAGUUCGAACGUCACGAAAUCUUACUUCCUCGAGGAGGACCCUCGGCUCUUCGACACAACGUUCUUCAAUGUCAGUCCUCUGGAAGCAGAAGCCAUGGACCCGCAGCAAAGGCUCCUCCUAGAGACAGUAUACGAGGCCACGGAAUCCGCUGGUACACCGAUGGAAAAACUCCAAGGCUCGCGGUGCUCGGUGUUCGUCGGCGUGAUGACGGGCGAUUAUGAGACUAUCCAGUAUCGUGACACCGAAGAUUUGUCUCACUAUACUGCAUCUGGCACAUCGCGUGCGAUUUUAGCUAACCGAAUUUCCUACUUCUUCGACCUUUCCGGGUCAUCCAUUUGCCUGGAUACAGCCUGUUCAUCAUCGCUUGUCGCGAUGCAUCUUGCAGUCCAGGAUCUUCGCAGCGGCACAGCGGAGACUGCAAUCGUCGCCGGAACCAAUCUUAUCUUUGGGCCAGAUAUGUACAUCAGCGAGUCAAAACUGCGAAUGCUCUCGCCGACGGGAAAGUGCCAGAUGUGGGAUGCCAUGGCAGACGGUUAUGCUCGAGGAGAGGGCGUGGCGGCACUUUUGCUCAAGCCCCUUAGCAAGGCUUUGAGGGACAAUGAUCCCAUUCAAGCCAUUAUUCGUAACUCUGGUGUCAACUCUGACGGUCGAACGCCGGGAAUCACGAUGCCUAGCGCCAUGGCACAGGCCAAAUUAACGAGGGAAACGUACCGAGCUGCAGGGCUAGAUCCGUCGAAGACGCAGGAUAGAUGUCAAUACUUCGAAGCUCACGGAACGGGAACCCAAGCUGGUGAUCCCACAGAAGCCAGAGGCAUUUUUGAAAGUUUCUUUUCAACGAGAAAUGCCGCAGACACAGAAUCAAGCUCCCUUUAUGUGGGGUCAAUCAAGACAGUCGUCGGACACUUGGAAGGUUGUGCCGGUCUGGCGGGUGUCAUCAAAGUUCUUCUCGCAAUGAAGCACGACACGAUCCCUCCAAACCUGCACCUCACGUCCCUUAACCCGAAGAUCCAGCCCUACAGGCGCGUUCUCAAAGUUCCCACAGAGGCUACUCCUUGGCCGGCCAGAGAAAGUGGACAGCCAAAACGCGCAAGUGUGAACAGUUUCGGAUUUGGAGGGACGAACGCACACAUAAUUUUGGAAUCUCACGAGCCGAAGUCAGAAUCCAAGCUACUAACAUCCAGGAACUGUUCUGAUCAAAUUUUCGCUACGCCGAUCGUUGUGAGCGCGCACACACAAACCUCUCUUUUCGAAAACAUUUGGCAGCUUACCACCUACCUACACAAUAAUCCGCAUGUCAGUCUCGACGACGUAGCAUGGACGUUGUGGCAACGACGAAGUGAACUCGGUCUCAGGAAAUCAUUCCAUGCUACGUCACGCCCAAGUCUUCUGGCGAGCCUUGAGAAGGCAGUUGUAGACUCUGCCGGUGGGCUGCCUUCCUUGGGAACAACAGUCUCAACUCUAACAUCACCUUCCGAGGGCUUUGGCGUCUUGGGUGUUUUCACCGGACAAGGUGCCCAGUGGCCCGGCAUGGGCAAAGAUUUGCUGAUACACAGUCCAGUCUUCAGAAAAACCAUUGAGGAGUGCGACGAAUGCUUGUCAAAGCUUCCAGAUGCGCCAUCAUGGUUACUAAAAGAAGAAUUGGUUGCCGAGGCUUCCCAAAGUCGUAUCUCCGAAGCUGAAAUCGCACAGCCCGCAACUACGGCAGUUGAGAUUGGCUUGGUUCGGAUGCUGCAGACCAGUGGAAUCAAGUUCAGCGCUGUGGUCGGUCACUCAUCCGGCGAAAUCGCUGCACUUUACGCGGCCGGUAUACUCUCGUUGGCUGAUGCGAUUCGCAUCGCCUUCUACCGAGGCCUCUACGCCAAGCUGGCUGGGAAGGGCUCCAUGAUGGCAGUCGGAAUCAGCGGUGAAGCGGCUCAAGAAUUCUGUCGUGAAAGACCUUUCAAAGGCAGAGUUUGGCUCGCAGCCAAGAACUCACCUUCCAGCGUCACUCUCUCCGGCGAAGUUGACGCCAUUCAGGAGGCUAAGGAAGCUUUUGACAACCGGAAGAUCUUUGCCCGAGUCCUGAAGACUGACAAGGCGUAUCAUUCCCCGAGUAUGGAUGCUUGUUCCGAGGCUUACCUUCAAGCCAUGCGAAAGUGCGGCAUAAAACCCCAGAGAACGAGCAAAUGCAUCUGGGUCUCGAGUGUGGAUGGUAACGCGGAUCGAUACUGGGAUCAAAACCUCGACGAAAUUAGUGGGCCAUACUGGAUUGCGAACAUGGUAAAACCUGUUCUUUUUACAGAUGCAAUUACGACGGCGCUGACCAAUGGCGGACCAUUCGAUGUCGCCAUUGAGGUUGGACCACAUCCAGCACUCAAAGGACCAGUCAACCAGACUGUGCGACCACACUUGGGCAAACAGCUUCCGUACUGUGGCAGCAUGAAUCGGGGGGAAGAUUGUGUUGUAAGCAUGAUACAGCUGCAGGGCUUCUUGUGGUCUAACUUCGGGGCUACUGUCCUCGACUUCGACGGGUACCAGCGCUGUUGGCAGGAUAAGAUUCCCACGCCGAAGGUAGUUGAUGACCUUCCCACUUACUUUUGGGAUCACGGCAAGCCUAUAUGGCGUGAAUCGAGGCUCUCCCGCAAUCAUCGGCUACGCUCAAGGGGGAAUGAAAGCAUUUUGCUCGGCCACCGAUGUCUCGAUGACUCAGAUUGGGAACCACGUUGGCGUAACUUCUUGAAUCUGAAGGAGCUACCAUGGUUACGGGGACAUUCGUUUCAGGGAGAGGUUCUGUUCCCCUCAGCUGGGUAUGUUGCGAUGAUGCUCGAAGUUGCACAGUUUCUCAGCAGUGACAAGCCAAUGUCGCUGGUUGACAUCAAGAACCUCGCUCUCGAGCGACCACUCAAGGUGGAGGAAGGGCCAAGACCGGUCGAGAUGUUGACAUCUGCGAAAGUGACGCACAAAGAUGACGCAAACAUCACAGCCGAAUUCUCGACUUACAUGUCUUCUGACGCAAAUGGGGGCAAGGUGGAAAGGACGUGCUUCGGAACAAUCUCUGUGUCAUUGGGUAGCUUCGAUGAUGACCUUCUCCCUCCUCGUGUGGACCCGCUGGCUGCAACAGUGCCACCUGUGGAUAUUGAACGGUUCUACAGCUCUGUGAAAGAGACUCGGCUAGAGUAUGAAGAUCUGUUCAAGAGGCUCAACUCGAUGCGCCGAGUUGAUGGCAUUGCCACGGCAACAGCGUCCUGGUUCGCUGAUGAGAUUGAAUACGGGAAUCUCUACCACCCAGCACUGAUCGAUGUUGCAUUGCAGCCGGUAUUUGCGGCUUUCAACGCCCCAACAGCCGAAAGACUCUGGACUGCGUACCUCCCUCAAAGCUUCGAAAAGAUCACCGUCAACCCGAGACAGCGCCUUAUCCCAUCUGCAAGUGGUCAGAUCGAAGUCCUCAUCGACGCUUUUUCUACUGAGAUAUCGGCAACCAAGAUCAGUGGCGACGUCAGCAUUUACUCGACCCAUGAUAACUUUAACUUACCGUUUCUCCAACUCGAAGGGAUGGCAUUGGCAGCUCUCGGAAGACCAGACGCAUCCAACGAUCGUACUCUGUUCGCCGAGACCAAAUGGGAAGCCGACCUACUCGAAGGUGAUGAGUUCGAGGUCGACUUCAACCCUCCUCAAGAUGUCGCUGUUGAAGAAUCUGAGCGCGUCGCUUUGUUCUUUUGCCGCAAGCUAUUGGCAGAGGCGAGCGCGGUCGGACUUGAGAACUUAAAACCGCAUGAGAAGAUGAUGUUCGAACAACUUACAACUCUGGCGAACACGGUCGAAAAGGGAUCCUAUCGUGACUGGGCAAAUGACACAAGAGAGACGAUCAAUGCUAUCCUGGAAAGAAACCAGCACCAAGUUGACUUCGAGUUACUUCGACUUGUGGGAGACGAAGCUGGCAGCGUCUUUCGAAACGAGAAACAGAUGGUCCAAGUCCUUUUUGCCGACGAUAAACUCAGCCACUUUUACCGCGAAGGUCUAGGUCUUCGCAACGCCCAACGCCAGAUCUCAGCUUAUCUGAGCGCCAUAUCACAUCGUUACCCCAAGGCAAAUAUCCUCGAAAUUGGAGCCGGGACUGGUGCUUCCACGGCAGCUGUUUUUGACACUAUUGGUGAUCACUUCGGUUCUUACACCUUCACCGAUGUGUCGCUUGCUUUCUUUCCCGAGGCUCAGAACAGAUUUGCAGCGCACGUGCAUAAGAUGACUUUCAAGAAGCUGGACAUUGGGCAAUCGUUUGAAGAGCAGGGGUUCGACACUCCAUCAUACGACGUCAUUAUCGCAGCGAAUGUUUUGCAUGUGUCAGAUGACAUCGGAGCUGUGCUUCGUCGGGUAAGAGGUCUGCUUAAGCCGGGAGGCUUCCUAGUGGUCACUGAGCCUACUUCAGACCAUCUCAGGAUUCAGGUGAUCAUGGGUGGCCUUGAGGGUUGGUGGCUUGCUCGCGAUAACUGUCGACGUUUUGGACCGGUUGCUACUAUCGAGACUUGGGACGAGAAACUACGCGGUGUUGGGUUCACCGGUGUCGACUUGUUCAGCCACGAUCAGAAAGAGGAUGAACUUCAUACCUUUACCUCCUUCGUCAGCCAAGCUGCUGAUCCUCACAUCAAUGCCCUUCGAGAACCCCUUGACAACACGCACAUGCUACCCGGCUUCAUUCCGUUCACUGUCAUCGGUGGUUCCACGGUUACCACGUCGAAGAUUGUUCGCUCUGUGCGAAACCGUUUGUCGUCCUUCGGCAACGAUGUCGUUUACUUCCCAGACGUUCGAAGCAUCAAAUCUUCUGAUUUACCAGUACAAUCUCUGGUUCUGUGUCUCUCAGAAUUAGAUCAGCCCACUUUCAAGAAUGGGGUCGAUGAAUCUGUUCUUAGUGGCUUCAAGGGCAUCAUUGAGAAGGCUCGAGGGGUGUUAAUUCUCACAAAGAAUGCGUCUACAUCGAACCCUUAUUCGAACAUGUUGAUUGGGUUGUGCCGAGGAUUGCGCGCAGAAAUGCCCGCUCUAGGAAGCUUUCUCCAAGUCAUGGACAUCGACGGAACCACCAAGCUUGAUGCCAAUAUUAUCCUUCAGCGUUUCCUUCAACUGACGCUGAUGGCCGUUCACAACGCGAGUGCUGAUGGAAGGCUUUGGUCUUUGGAAACCGAAAUCUCUCUCAAGAACAGCCAACUCUUCAUUCCUCGCAUUCAGGAAUACGAAGACCCCAACGAGCGUACAAACUCGGCUAGGAGAGAGAUUGUCAAGGAUGUUACAUCAGACACUCACAUCAUCGAGGUCAAUCCUACUGGGACCGUGGUCGAAGUGAAAGCUAGAUCAAAGAUCAUUUCAGAAAGAGCCGGGCUGGAUACGAUUAACAACACAUUCUCCUGCUUGACACCCAUCAAUCUGCUACCCUUCCAAGGUCCUCAGUAUCUUUGUGUUGGCACACGUCAACAAAACCUCGAACCCGUCGUUGUCUUAUCCGCGACCAAUUCCUCAACCCUGCAAAUUUCAACGGACCGAAUUUUCCCAGCAGCCAUCGACAUCAGCGUCAUUGCUCUCAUGUCCGUUGUUCUAGCUGCCCAGGCUUGGGUACGAUCAGUGCCGCGCGAUCACACCAUCUGGCUACAUGAUGUAGACAGCUCGAUGAGAGCUGUUAUUGAAGUUGAGGCAAAGAAGAACGGCAUCGAGAUAUUCGCCACUUCGACCGACCCAACCUCCGAUGGCUUCAUUCCACUGCGUGCACCGAAGCGCAUGCUCAAGGCGGUUGUGCCUCGCAAGACUGCAGCAUUCAUCUUCGGAGACUCAAUCAGUGAUGUUGAUGGUUCUGAAAUUCUUUCCAAGGUGUCCUCUUUUAUCUUGGUGCACAAGCCUUCUAGUGGGCGUUUCUGGGAUUGCCCGACUACUCGGUCAGACACGCGAGCCACCCAGCUGCUAGAAGAAGCUUAUAUAUCCACGGUCGAAUUGGCUGGCUCUCUGAAUCCAGGCGAGAUAGCCAAGGUCGUCCCGAUCGGCGAAGCAAUUGAAGUCGGCGCAAAUGCCCCUGCAAGUGUUGUCGACUGGAGGCAAGCUCAGAGCAUCCCAAUUCGAGCAGAUCUGCAACCUGUCAAGCCCGAGCAACUCUUCAAAUCCGAUAAGACCUACUUCAUGGUCGGUCUCACUGGUGACGUUGGAAUCUCCAUCUGUUCGUGGAUGAUCAAACACGGAGUCCAAUACGUUGUGCUGGCCAGCAGAAAUCCUAAAGUCAGCCAGACUUGGAUCCACUCCAUGUCAAAGCUGGGGGCCAAAAUUCGGGUCAUUGCUAUGGAUGUGACGAAUCCUGUUCGCAUCAGGGAGGCUAUCGACGAGAUCUUCAAGACAAUGCCCCCAAUUUCCGGUGUCUGCAACGGUUCGAUGGUGUUGUCUGACAAACUCUUCAUGCAGAUGGACGUUGAAUCCAUGGAAACUGCCCUCCAACCCAAGAUCGACGGUAGUAUCAAUCUCGACCGUGCUUUCGCAGGCCAAGAUCUUGACUUCUUCAUUAUGCUCUCAUCAACCGGCAGCGUCAUUGGAACACCCGGCCAAUCCAACUACCACAUGGCGAACACGUUCAUGGCUGGACUUGCCGCCGAUCGAAGACGCAGAGGACUAGCUGGAUCAGUUAUUGACGUCGGUAUGAUCUCGGACACUGGCUAUGUUACCCGUCAAGAUCCCAUUGUCGCCAAGAAGUUGCGCAGCAUGUGCGUUCUUGCUCUCUGCGAAUCUGAAGUCCACAUUAUGUUCGCGGAGGGUAUACUCGCGGGCCGCCCCGGCUCUGCCUCUCACAGCGAGCUCAUCGCUGGUUUGGCAAUUAGCAACAACGAAGCUGAGCGACCUUUCUGGGCCAAUGAGCCUCGGUUCGGGUUCUAUGUGAGAGACAAGCGGGACUUAGCGACCGAAAGCAUUGGUCCAUCAGUCAUUGAAGAUCUCCGAGCUGUGUUAGAGUCUGCCACCGAUGAGGAGACUAUCUUCACAAAGGUGCGGGAGGCUUUUGCUCAGAGACUGGAAAGUCUUCUGCAACUUCCUCCUGGAAGUGCCAAGAUGGACCUUCCUCUCGUCAGUCUUGGCUUGGACUCACUCCUUGCUAUGGAGGUUCAGACUUGGUUCCGUAAGGUUGUCGGUACUCAGGUCUCUGUUCUGCAGGUUCUGAGCGGUGCUUCUGGGGACUCAAUCUGUCGAGCGGCUUCAGCCCCCAUGUUGGACAACAAAAGCAGCGGCCCAGUCACAACAGAAAUUCCAAAGGCUGACUCCCAGCCUGAGGCGAAGACAACCCAGCUUAGCAUCCCAGCCGCCGGGACCGAUGGGGCGUCGACACCUAUCAGACCGGACAAUAGAACAACGCCAGGCACACCCACUGCAUCGUCACCAACUCCGAUGACGUCCGUUGGCACUGAAAGCAGAGAUGGGCAGAGGGACGAUUACUUUGGGGAGCGCAAAAUUCAACAGGUCGUGCACAGAAGAGCGCAAAUGUCCUUCGCACAAGCCCGACUGUGGUUUCUACAAGGAUUCCUGGAAGAUCCGACAACCUACAACGAGACCUCCAUGUACGAACUUCACGGAAUCCUGGAUGUUGACCGUCUGGAGAACGCGUUCCGCCAGCUCACCUGGCACCACGAGAUUCUACGGACCUACUUCUACGCGGAUCCAGCUACUGGUUUGCCGAUGCAAGCUGUCACAGCUACGUCAGCUUGUCCUUUCAAGUUCGUGGACAGCGCAACGGAUAAAACCUUAGCACAGGAGUAUGGAGACAUGAAGGCACGGAAGUGGAAACUCGAAGAAGGUGUCUGUUUAGGAUUGACUGUCCUUCGACACUCGCCCGGCCGACACACUCUCAUUCUCUCCAGUCACCAUAUCGCCAUCGAUGGCGUCACUUGGAUCCUUCUUCUCAAGGAUCUCGCCCGUGCUUACGAAGGAAAGCCGCUGCCCACUAUUCCGCAAUAUGUUGACUUUUCAGUCAAGCAGAGAUCCAUGGUUGAACAUGGUAGCUUUGCUAAGGAGAUCCAAUUCUGGAAGGAUGAGCUCGCAGGUCUUCCUGAUGAACUCCCUCUCUUCCCCAUGUCACAUACAAAGAUCCGGAAGGCAACGAACAAGUACGUCACCACCAUUGUUGAUAUGGUGUUGCCCAAGAAACUGGUAUCUCGCGUCAAGCAAGUUAGCAGUCAACUCCAUGUGACGCCAUUCCACUUCCACUUUGCUGUGCUGGCGUCGAUGGUGUCCCGACUCUCGCAGACUAAUGACUUCUGCAUCGGUACCGUAGAUACGGGUAGGUCAGGCACUGAGUUCUCCCAAACAGCAGGAUGUUUUAUCAAUAUUGUUCCCGUCAGAGUCAACGUCGCGGAAAGUGACAGUUUUGAAGCCCUUUGCAAGAUGUCAUCUUCCAAGAUUCUCGCUUCUCUCACUAACUCCACAAUUCCCCUGGAUGCAUUGCUCGAUGAACUACAAGUUACCCGCACAGCACGACAUAGCCCUAUUUUCCAAGUUAUCAUCAACUACCGACUAGGAAUUCUGGGUCUCAACUCGAUCGGUGACGCUGAGUUGAAGUACGUCCAAUCACAAAGUUCAGGCAACCCGUAUGACCUGGGACUCAACAUCACCGAUACUCCAGACGGAACUUGUCUCCUCCACUUUGCUGUCCAAGAAGCGCUUUACUCCAAGGAAGCUGCGCAAACUAUUUUGGACUGUUACCGUCGCUUGCUGGAGUCUGCGUGCGAGGCUCCACAGUCCGAAGUCGCCGAGCUUACCAUGUACCAGUUGCCCGUCUCGAACAAGUUCGGCAAGUUGAGCGGGAAGGGACUGAAAGGGAGAGGAUGUCGCCAUACCGAUGGGUUUACAGGCACACUUUCUCGUCAGAUUGACCAGAUUGCCGAGAACCAUCCAGACCUCAUCGCCAUCAAAGACGGAGCAAAGGUCUACACUUAUCAAGAGAUGAUGCGGAGAAUCGACAGCGUUGCGGCCGUUCUUCGAGCCAAAGGGGUUCCCAGAGGUACCGAGCCUUUCUGUUGCUUGUUAUACGAGCCCUCGGCCGACUAUGUGUUCGCAUACCUAGCCGUCUUAAAAGUUGGGGCUAUUGUAGUCUCCCUCGAUCCGACAAACCACCAAGAGAGGCUGGCUUCGAUCGUGGGUGACUGCAACCCACAGGCUAUUCUCCAUCAUCAAGAGACGUCCAAACUAGCUCAGUGGCUGAGCGAGUCGUCUUCCGGAGUUCUGAACUUGGAAACUUCUUCAAUCCUGAGCCAAGGGGGUGAAUCUGGAUCUUUCAAUUCAUCUAGUCUCAAGACUCCGGCCGUACUUUUCUACACCAGUGGAACUACCGGAGUGCCCAAGGGGGCAAUUCUAAGGCACGAAAACUACACCAACCUGAUUGAGGCGUCUUCACGCAGUCUCAAUGUACGACCAAAGCAGGAAGUAAUCCUUCAACAAACGGGUGUUAACUUUGACCUCUGCCCCUUCGAAAUCUUCAUUGCACUUUUGAACACCGGCACUGUCGUGAUGGCUUCGAAGGAUCAACGCAGAGACCCAUCAGCCAUCGUCAACCUCAUCAAAGAAGAAGGGGUGACUAUCAUGGCUGGAACACCUGUCGAGUUUAAGCACAUCUUCCAGCAUGCCCCAGGCACACUCAAAGACUGCGAAAAAUUCCGAACCGUGAUCGUCGGGGGUGAAAUUUUCACGCCUCAGCUGGCGGCCCAGUUCAAGCAGGCGAUGCCACCGGAUGCGAAUGUCUUCAACGUAUACGGACCAACCGAAACAUGUAUCUUCGCCACCUUUGAACGCGUCAAGUAUCUGGAACACGGCCUGGAGGUUGUGCCCGUUGGUUCUGCCAUAGACAAUGUUUCAAUCUACGUUGUCGAUGAGAUGAUGAACCUGGUGCCUGAUGGCUGCGCUGGAGAAGUCUGUAUCGGCGGCGCAGGUGUCAGUCAAGGAUAUCUUCACCGGCCCGAACUUACCUCCCAUUCUUUCAUCCCAGAUCCCUUUGCCACAGUUGAGGAUCAGGGCCAAGGCUGGAAGACGAUGUACCGCACUGGCGACUCAGGAUAUUUGAAGGCUGACGGCUCGCUUGUUAUCCUCGGCCGCACCAGUGGUGAUAGCCAAGUCAAGAUCAGAGGCAUUCGCAUCGAGCUUGAGGAUAUCGCGUCCAAUAUUCUCAAGGCUGCCAACGGAAAGCUCGCGGAAGCCGUUGUCACCGUGCGCGGAGAAGACAAGACGUUAGUUGCGUUUGCCGUCAUCGCAUCUGGGUCUCAGAUCAAGGAUGCCGAUGAGUAUCUCAGAUCACUUCCAGCUAGUCUUCCACUCCCGGAUUACAUGCGACCUUCCAUCAUCAUCCCACUUGAACAACUUCCCAUCAACCACAACGGAAAGUUGGACCGGGCCGCACUGAACAAGAUAACUAUCCCUAUUCAAGACGAAGCAGAUGGCCAAGAAAUGGUCACGCCACUCGAGCGAGACCUAGGUCUAGUUUGGGAAAAAGUGCUUCCCGACACCAUUGUUCGGUCAACCGGAAUUCAUCCUAAUUCAGAUUUCUUCCGGCUUGGAGGGAACUCACUGCUCCUGGUCAAUUUGCGAAAGAUAAUUCAGAAGAAGUGGCUGAUCUCCGUAUCUCUGCUGCAGCUGUUUGAAGCAAGUACUCUCCGCUCAAUGGCAGCCAUGAUCCGAGGUGCCAAAGAGUCUCGGAACGACGGCAUUGAUUGGGAAUUCUGGGAUGAACAAACUCGUUUUGACAUCGAUGCGGCAAUUGAUGGAGUUGGAACGGCUUCCCCUCACGUCGUCCCGAAGACCAACAAGACCGUCAUGCUCGUAGGUGCAGCCAAGGGGUUGGGAGCGUGGCUCUUGAAGAUGCUGCUUGACGACGAUUCGGUUGGCAAAAUCCACUGUGUGGCACUUGCUCAGGAACAGGCGAAUACACUGCCAGAAAGCGAUAAACUUAUGCUUCACGUCGGAAGUCUGGGAGAGCUUCAUCUCGGUCUUUCAGAUGAAACGCAACAGGCCUUCAAGAGAGAUGUUGAUAUUAUCAUUCACGCUGGAGCUGAUGGCUCUUGCUUGAACAACUAUGACUCCAUUCGCAUCCAGAAUGUGGAGUCAACAAAGUUCCUGACCAACCUGGCCUUGGCUAGAAAAGUGCCAUUUCACUACAUUUCCAGCCCUCGCGUCAUUCUUUUCAGUGGUGGAAACUCAUAUCCUGAGCGGCCCAUUUCAUCUCACUAUCCUCCUGCAGCUCUUGGCAGAGAAGGAUUCACCUCAACUAAAUGGGCCAGCGAGACCUUUCUCGAAAAUUGCUCAGCUGCUACUGAUUUACCUGUAUCGAUUCAUCGCGCAGGUUAUCUCAUGUCCGAAGACGCUGACGAAAUGGAUGCUGUCAACAUGAUCCAUAAGUAUUCGGCUAUCCUCAAGGCUGUGCCAUCUUUAGCAACAUUUUCCGGUUUCCUUGACAUGUGCAAAUUGCCGACAACAGCGGAAGCGAUUCUCAAGUCAUUCACAGAGGACAACUUUGGGGUGUCCUACGGUGCAACUAGAAUAAUUCACCACACCGAAGACAAUGUGGUGCCGGUACACGAGUUCCAGACUUACAUGGAGGCUCGAUUUGGUGAUCCUUUCAAGAGCUUGAGCAUGGUAGAUUGGGCGACCGAGGCGGAGAAGAAGGGGAUGAGCCCUGUCUUGGCAGCUUUUCUUGAAGCUGUGGUCGAGAGAGGUGAUGAGGCGCGCUACCCCAGAUUAUUACGCGGGCGUGAGCAAGACUCAGCGUAG